AAUAAUUGUUUUACAUGCACAAGGGUCCAAAAAAAUUUCUUGCCAUUUCCUGGGAAAUAAUCAUAUUUACACUCACAAUCACAUAAUCCUAACCCACCAAAAUCAUGGAUUUACCCUAUCGAACUAGAUUCAAGGAGUGCUUGUCUCUAACACAUACCCUCUCUAGCAUUUUUUCCCUUUGAUUUUAGAGAAUUUAUUUAACAUAGUUUUUAUAAGGACAAUGGAGAUGUUUAGUGUGAGCUCUGUUGAGCACACCAUGUGGUCAUACUCUGUUGUGGAAGCUUUGGCAAUGAAGAUUGUUUUUGCUAUUGGGAAGUCUUUCGUGCGGCCUUCUGUUGGGUUAAGCAUGGAUAAUUUUAGUUCCCCUAUGCUAAAUCCACAAAUUGUGGCCCACGAAAAUCACCGAUCACCACCACAAGCCAACGGUGACCUCCACGCCCAACUCUCUUCCCCUUCCUAUGCAUCACUAUGUAGCUCCACUCCUGACGUCGUACGCCACAAGUUGCUCUCCCGAUAUCGCCAAAUGAAACAAAUGUUGCACUACACCUCAUCAUCCACUACAAGUCGUAAAUGGAGUCCGGUGUCUCACAUGCGGAUAAUGAGGGUGACGCUAUGGAAAAUGAUAGUAGAAAUAAUGGGCAUGAAAUCGUGGAAGAACUGAAAGUUGGAAUGUGUUUUGAUUCAGAAGAAGAAGUGAGAUCAUACUAUAUGAAAUAUGCAAAACAGGUAGGGUUUGGGAUGGUGAAGAGAAGUUCUAGGACUGGGAAUGAUGGAAAAUUAAAAUACUUCACUCUUGUAUGUGU